UCACCCUUCACAACCUUCUGUGUUCCUGACUCUGAUUUUAGGGGUUGAGUAGCAAGAAACCCAGUUAAGGUUUCUUAACCUAUCAACUCCUAAACCUUCUGCUCAAAACCAAAAGCAGGCAAAGAGAGAGAGAGAGAGAGAGAGAGAGAAAGAGAAAGCAUGGCUAUUCUCAACACUCACAAUCAUUUGGCCUUAGCCUUUGGCAUUCUAGGGAACGUUAUCUCCUUCAUGGUGUUUAUGGCACCGGUGCCAACUUUUUAUCGGAUUUACAAAAGGAAAUCCACCGAAGGUUUCCAAUCACUUCCUUAUCUGGUGGCACUGUUCAGCUCCAUGCUUUGGCUUUACUAUGCUGCUCUCAAGCCUGCUGAUGCUACUCUCCUCAUUACCAUUAACUCACUGGGAAGCGUCAUUGAGACGGUUUACAUUGUCAUGUUCAUAGUCUAUGCCACCGAUGAUGCCAGGAAGUUAACCGUUAAAUUGUUUAUGGUGAUGAACGUGGGUUCCUUUGCCUUGAUCUUCUUCGUCACCUUCUUCACUAUGCAUGGUACCCUCCGGGUGGUAGUCGUUGGAUGGGUUUGUGUAUCAAUUGCAGUAGCUGUUUUUGCAGCACCCUUGAGCAUUGUGGCACAAGUUAUUCGAACCAAGAAUGUGGAGUUUAUGCCCCUUAACCUAUCAGUUUUCCUGACGCUGAGCGCCAUAACGUGGUUUUCCUAUGGUUUCUUCCUCAAGGACAUAUGCAUUGCUGUUCCAAACGUGCUGGGUUUCGCAUUGGGACUACUUCAGAUGCUGCUGUAUGCGAUGUUCAGAAACAGUAAAACAAAGAUUGUUGCAAAGGAGGAGCCAAUGAAAAACAUUGUUGUGGUGAACCCGUUGGGAACGUCUGAAGUGUAUCCAGUUCAAGUUCUCGACAUAGAUAAAGAAGAAGGAGUAGAAGGAGUGGAAGCAAAGGAACGCCCGGCAUGAACAUCGUAGACAUUAUGCUCAGUGCUUAGGAGCACUUCGAAGCAUACUAGGAAAUAAUAUUCAUAUAAAAUAGUCGGUGACUUUUAUGUUAAAUUCUAAUUCUCAUGCUAUAUAUGUAUGAAUUAUUGUGUACCCUUCAUCAUCAAGAAUCUUCAUAAUAGUUACCUCAGUACAGCAGCACCUGCAGUGGAUAGAAAAAGGAUCAUAUUUAUCUUUUAAAAUCAUUGUCUUUGACUUGUUUCAAAAUCAUUGAAUACCCUUCGUUAA